AGUUGUGUCACCUCAAAGCCGUCCAAACCUCCGACCGGCGACCGCGUGAUCUGACGUCCCGACCGCGCCGCACACGUCAUGCAGAUGAUCUCCGCCAGCAGGCCUCCAUUGGCUUCGAUGCCAUCGUCCGGCGUCAGAAGAGGUGUGGCCUACCUGAGAGGUACCAGCAGUUCCCGUACCUUCCCACAGUUGAGAGCAUUGGCCGCUUGCGUGUCGUUGCUACCUGCAGUUUCAUCCCGACGGCGGCUGGUGAUGACCACUGCGCUUGGAGUGCCUGAAGGAGCUUGGAGAGAUGACGGCUCCAAUUCCAUCGAAGACUUGGGUAGCUCCUUCCGCGUUCGGCCAGUUCGACAUGUCUCAGCCCCUGUCCGUCCUCCGCGUGGACCGGUGAACGCGUUGUUCGCUGUUCCACUGGAGUCGGCGUCCUAUUUCGAGGUCACCUGCAAGGAGUUUUCUGGAGCACCCUUCGUGGGCAUUGCCACCGAAGCGGGUUUGGCGCCAGGAUACAAGUGCAAAGGCCUAUUCUAUGGUGGUCCUGGCAACUUAUCGGAUGGCAGUGCAGCUUUGAGAACGAACUUUGGCGAUGAAGUCCACCAAGGUGAUGUGAUUGGUGUAUUGAUCCAGCGAGACGGAGCGCGGUUGAGGAUGAUCCUCUAUCACAAUGCGAGGUGUCUAGGUACUGCCUUUGAAACCUCGACAGAGUCCACGAUAUACCCUGUAGUGCAAGCGAAAGAUGAGGGAGAUCUUUUCAGUAUUGACUUCAAGGAAGCACCAACGAGCCAGACUCGGCAAAUUGCCGACGGUAAGAGCGGCCAAUGGAAGCUGGAGCAGGUCUUGUACCCUGAACUUCUGGAAGUUCCCUUGAAGAUACGAUGUUUAUUGACGGUCCGAGAAGAGAAGGAGAUCGGCUUGGUGCUGAAAGUGGUCAACCUCCUUCGCUUUCAGGGCAGCGAGGAGACUGAGCGCCUGACCACCUGACCAUUGAGGGGUACAGCUCAACGAUGAUGGCAGGCCCUGAGGAUUUGAUGGCACUCAACCUAGCAGUGUCGGAGAUUCACGGAGAGAUUCCGCCACUGAGAUGAGUCGACCAUAUUUUGAUGACCUUCCGCGCACUCGAGGAGCUUGAACAUCGACUGGCUGCUGCAUUGAAGAGUAUUCGCCAAUGGACGGUCACAGACAACUCACUGUUGCUAACUGGCCCUGGUGUCCAGAUCUUGUGUGCCAGAGCGGAUCCUGAAAUGGUGACAACAGCAACAUUAUGAACGAGUGAACCAGAGUGACCAGUGUGGAAGUCUCGAUUCUCAAUCCUCGAAUCCUCCAAGGCUCCAAUGUUCCCUACGUUUCAACGCAAUGGUUUUGUUUUGACACUCACAACCUAUAAAUCUAGAUCAAAACCUGAUCGGGAAGGCAGCCAUGCUGGGACCUUGUUCUGCCUUGUCCAUGCGGCUGAUGGUCCAGCUCGCCCAUGUACAGUUGAAGGAUUUUGUAUACACUGCCACCGGCAGUGCCAUCGUGUGUCGGGCUUGUACAGACCUGGUGCUCGGUUAGAUAGAUUAGAUCGGAAGGCGAGAUGUCUCGUUUCUCAUUCUAGCAUGUUUGGACAUCAAGGCACUCCAUUUGGGGUGAAAAUGAAGCAGCUGAUAUUCAGUAUGG